AUGGAGACUACGACCAUCACCACCACUCAGACGGCCUUCACCUUUGGACUAAGCGAGAGGUGCGCCAGCAUCAGCCUGCACGCGCCGGCCCAGGACCCGGAACCCCCGGCCCAGCCCGACCCCGGCGCGCCCGGGUACCAGAGCAAGAGCAAGGUGCUGAAGAGGCAGCGCUCCAGCUCCCCGGAGCUGCUGCGCUGCAAGCGGCGGCUGACGUUCAGCGGCCUGGGCUACUCCAUCCCGCAGCAGCAGCCCGUGGCCGUGGCGCGGCGCAACGAGCGCGAGCGCAACCGGGUCAAGCAGGUCAACAUGGGCUUCCAGACGCUGCGCCAGCACGUGCCCAACGGCGCCGCCAACAAGAAGAUGAGCAAGGUGGAGACGCUGAGGUCCGCCGUGGAGUACAUCCGGGCCCUGCAGCAGCUCCUGGACGAGCACGACGCGGUGUCCGCCGCCUUCCAGUGCGGCCUGCCCUCGCCCACCCUGUCCCACAGCUACUCCGCCGACCCGGAGUCCCCCCACUCCGCCUACUCCUCCGACGAGGGCGGCUACGAGCCGCUGAGCUCCGAGGAGCAGGAACUGCUGGACUUCACCACCUGGUUUGACCGGUACUGA